CCGUCGUUCCUUGCGUCAUUGUGUCAACAUGGCGCCUGUCUGCCGGACAAAAGGCGAAUCUGUCUGACGGAGGAUAGAAACCCAAUUAGAAACAGAGAAGACAUUUUGGGAAAACUGUCAGUGUCCGUGUGUCCCGGUGGUCCAAGGCUGAAGAUAUAUGGUCAAAUAAACAUCAGCGGAGGCUCGUAGACUGGAAUAAUAAGGAUGUUCCAGCAGAGUGAGGAGCCUCGUUUCACCAUCGAGCAGAUUGACCUCCUCCAGAGGCUGAGGAGGACUGGGAUCACACAGGUGGAGGUCCUCCACGCCCUGGACACGCUGGACCACUUGGACCGGAAACAUGGACACAAGUUGACCCACAAAUCCUCCUACAUGCCUCCCUCGUCUUCCCUAUCUUCUUCGAGCGCCGUCGCCGCCUCUUCCUCCAUGACGUCCACUGCAACACAGACAAGUUUCCCUGACAACCGACUCUCGCUGUCCCCCAGCAACAACUUUGACAACAGCUCUCCACUUCUUCCCAUUCCAGUAGCCUCAACUGUGGCCAUGGCAGCGGUAGCUCAGAACGGGUUGGUCGCAGUGACAAACGGGAAGCUGUCACCGCCCCGGUUUCCUCUGGGUGUGGUUAGUGGUGGUGUGACGACGCCGGGCUACGGGUUUGAGACCAGUGAGGAGGACAUGGACGUUGAUGACAAGGUGGAGGACCUGAUGAGGAGGGACAGUGCUGUUAUCAAAGAGGAGAUUAAGUCCUUCCUAGCCAACAGGCGGAUCUCCCAGGCUGUGGUCGCUCAGGUAACAGGGAUCAGUCAGAGCCGGAUCUCACACUGGCUCCUGCAGCAGGGAUCCGACCUCAGCGAGCAGAAGAAACGAGCCUUCUUCCGCUGGUAUCAGCUGGAGAAAACAAACCCUGGUGCCACGCUGGCCAUGCGAGCCGCUCCACUGGCUCUAGAUGACAUGAUAGACUGGCACCAAGCUCCGCCCACAUUUGGUCCCGCUCCUGGCGGCUUCCGUCUGCGGCGAGGAAGCCGAUUCACCUGGAGGAAGGAGUGUCUGGCUGUGAUGGAGAGCUUCUUUAGUGAUAACCAGUACCCGGAUGAAGCCAAGAGGGAGGAGAUUGCCACCGCCUGCAACGCUGUGAUUCAAAAACCAGGAAAGAAGCUAUCAGAUCUGGAGAGGGUAACAUCUCUCAAGGUCUACAACUGGUUUGCCAACCGCCGCAACAUCAAGAGGCGCGCCAACAUUGAAGCAGCCAUCUUGGAGAGUCAUGGCAUCGAGGUUCAGAGUCCAGGUGGUCAGUCCAACAGCGAUGAGGUGGACGGCAACGACUUCCCUGACCAGGGCUGUGAGGUGUCUUUAUUUGACAAGAGAGCUUCAGCCAGACAAUUUGGUUUCAGCCGAGCCGACCUGUCCUCUCCAACCCAGGUUCCCACUCUGCUCCCCAGCUGGUUCUCUGCUCUUAGUAGAGGAACCUUGUCUGGGCAGAGAGGUGCUUCUCUGAUUGGUCGUUCCCUUGUUUCCGGGGCGGGCCCCCAGGCGGAAGGUUCCAGAUUGACAGGUGUGUCCUGGUCUCCUCCCUCACCUGCCCUUCAGGAGGAACCCACCAUCCACAGCGUGCUGUCCGAGUCCCAGGACCCAAUCAGUGUGGAGAAGGCUGCUGUCAAUCAGGUGGAAGGAGCAAGGUGCAGUAUGGGAAACGACAUCAAGACGGAGACGCUGGAGGACGACUAAAAGGCACGGCGGAUGUUGUAAAUGUUGGGGUAAUGAAUGGAACAGGAUCAGAGGUGUGUUUAUAUGCAAACAGAUUUUAUAGGAAUGUAAUAAGUGAAAAAAAAUGACCAAAAGUUGUGUAAACUCCAACCCUGAGAUACCUCCCAACCCUACCUCCAACCACCAACCUGCUCUGCUACACUCUUUUAGGCAUUACUAGUAUAUUAAAAUAAUGCUAAUACUGAUGAUAAACGCUCAUUUGUUAAAGUUGUCCUCAGACUGGAAGAUUUAAAAUGCUCAAGUAUCAACAAAUCAAAGAAAGAGAACUAAAUUAUGAAUGAUUUAAUCAUGACAAUGUGAAUGAACACACAAAAGUAUAAACACAUGUAGCAAUGUGUUUUAUUUUGACCCUACAUCUUUGUUGAUGAGUAUUUUUUUAGCCUUUUAAAUCUUCCAUACAGCACUGUCUAACCGGACACGAUGCAUUGUACAGAUUUCUUUGGAAACCUCGUUUUCACAGCAGGACAAAACUGUAUAUGAGACGGGGUUUAAAUAGUUUCAGGGUCUUGCACUGUGAUCACAACACAACUGAACAGCCUCAAAAGAGAAAUAUAUGAAUUUCAGAGUUAAGUUCAUGUUAACUGAUGUAGCGCAUAUCAUCACAGUUGAUUACAUUUUUUAAUGUUCGCUGUUAAUUCCUUCCAGUGAGAAGAACAGCAGAAUAAGCUUGGAUUCAUUGAGGUCAUAGCUCUUUGGUCAAAUUUCUUUGGGCCUGAGAUGAUUUUAAAAAAUGUAUAACACAAAAAACCUCCUCCAUACGCUACGCUGGUGAACUAAGCUCUCGAUAUGGAAGCAAAAGAAAGACCAUAAACCAUUUUGUAUUUUGUGAACAACUGAAUACCUAAUUGUGAAAUUUAAAAACUGAAUUGUGCUGAUCUUGAAACACUGCUAGCGUCAGAGAGUUAGAUUUGGAAACCAUUGUUUGUUCUGUGUCUGGUGUUGUUGAACUCAAAGUUUUGGGAGGAUUGUUGUUAAACUGUGCAGGGGCUUAAGUUCCUCUGAUUAUCAUCACAGAACAUUUCCUGACAGUCCUGAAGUCUGAUCGUGGGGUAAUCCCUCACAUUUGUAUUUUAAAUCUUGAAUCCUUAAGUUUCCAAUUCUGUGGGACACUUGAUUUUUAUAUUUAUCAGCAUUAUUUGACUUAUCUGGCCUGGAAAUCCAGGCUGUAACCUGAUGAAUCUAAAAAAGUUGAGAAAGACACAUCACUAAUAGUUGGAUCAGCUGGGGCCAUCGCAGCUCCUGAUGUUAAAAAAAAGGAAUGUAUUGUCUAAGUUUUAGUUCCAAAAAUGAAUGAAAACUUGAAGAUUCGAUCAUCCUUUUGACUGGACAGAGUACUUCACUGCUAUUAUUCCAAGGUCAUUUAAAUAUAGUUCAAUGGCAGGAAGCAUGUGACACUGAAGGCACUGAGCAGUAGCAUCAGUGUUCAUCCUGAAUGCUGGGAAGACUAAAAAGUAUUUUAAAUAUAGAGCUGAGAGGUGUACUUCAAAGCAAGAUGAAAGGGACAGACUGGGUCUCUUGAUCUAUAAGUCAGAGUUUUCAGUGUUACAGGCUGGCUCCUUUGGAACAUGGAGGGGAUCCUCAUGCUAACUUACUGGACAAAGGUAAUCUGGUCUGGACCAGUACUCAUUACAUUUGGAUCAUCAGCUGUUCUGUAGAGAGUUGGGAGUGACAUGUAGCACAGGCUGGGAGUCGAACCAGCUACAGCUGUGACAGGGACUGUAGCCUUGGUACAUGGAAGGCAUGCAUACACUGCCUUUCAUCCUUUUUGUCGGUAUGCUUCGGCUAAAUGUAACAGUAAAUGAAUCACAGCACCUGAGGACAUUGAAUUAGGGUUACUUUUUAUCCUUUAUUAAUAGCAUAUCUGAGAAGAGAAAGGAAAUGUGGGAAGUAGAGAAUGGAGUAAGACAUGCAGCAAAGGGUCAUGGUGUUUAGAGAUAUAACAAUUAUCAAAUGUUAAGUCUUGUUGGCUAAAUAUUGAAGUUCUGUCCGUGUAUUUUCCACAGUGAAAGUAUCAGGCCUGACCGCUGUUCCUCCCUGCACUGCUGAAAUCAUGCGUAUCAUUGUUUUAGUUUAAGAGUUGUGCAGUGAGUAGUUGUCAAAUUAGAAAUAAACAGGAGCCGACAGCCGUUUAUCAGAUGGUGAAAUCAAUAUAUUAAUUAUCAAAAAAUAUACAUAUAUCCUGCAGGAUUUACUUUGUUGACCUCCUUGGUUUAUAAGAUAAAUGUAAUUCUGAAGAAACCAGACUAGUGUCCACAUGUGGAUGUCCAUGGAUCACUGUAUGGAGUCUGACUACUGUUAAUUCAAGCAGAUACUCAUCUGUUUUACUCUCAUCCAGUGUUCAUUGUUUCUGCUACUCAGGGCAGCCAUGCUUGCAAUGUUUUGUCCCCCAGCUCGAUUGAAAGGAAAGUGACAUUAGUGCGUACCCUCUGCAGUAGUUAAAUGUCAAAAUUAGGCAUUCAGUUGUGCACCAUGAAAAUCAAAACAGCGUCUUUUGGCUUCCAAUAAAAUAAAAUAAAAUUACUCUCACAUUUUAAAGGAAUCUGAAAGUGUCAACAUAUUUGUAAAAGACUUGAAACCUGAUAUCCAGGUGAAUGAGUCUUAAUCAUUCGUGCCCAUUCACCCACUGGGUGAUGAGUGGGUCAGAAUGGAUGAUCACUGUGAGAUGAUCUAUAAUCAAUACAGAUCAGUCAUGUAGGAGGAGUUCUAACAGUAAACAGCACUGUUAUUAGAUACUACAGGUGUAAGAGUAAAGUGAAUAUAUACUUAGACCACACAUGUAUGUAUGCAUAUACACACAUACAUAUACAGUAUAUUAUAUAAACUGUGUGGGUAUAUGUAUGUACCCUGAUCCAUUUCUAUCUACAGUAUAUAGACAUAUUAGCUUCAGAGGAGAGAUACUAUGAGUGUUUCUUGUCGGUGUAAGGUGAGUGAAGCAUUAGCCAAAGUAUUAAGUUUGAAUUUGUUGUAUUUUCUGAGUGUAUGAUAGUCAUUGUUGGACUCAUGUUUUUAGAGAUAAUAUGCUAAUCAGAGACACAUCAGAUGUGUCACAUCAUUGCAAGCAAAAUGCAUUUCCUUUUGAGGUAUAUCAGUUUGUGCUCGAUAUACCAUGUGUUCUAAACACACUGUCCAUAUUUGAAAUGAUAUUUGAAAUGACACUUUAUUGGGUCAGUAUCGUGGUGCUUUUAGUCCAAACUGUUCAAAUAUGUAAUUGUUCAGGAUUAAAACAGAACAGAGAGGCAGGAUAAAGAUAAUUAAAAUAUAUGGGAAGCGUAUAGUUCAAUAUUUAGUGAAAAGCAUUGUAAGCUUAAACGUAAAUAUUUGAUUGCACUAGUCCAAUCAAAAACAUUUGAGUACAGCCCCUUGUAGAAGUCCUUUUCUGCACGUACGUCCAUCUCCACCUUCACCAUAGUUAUGAAAAGUUUUAAUCUUUUAAACCUUUUACACAAGGAGUACCUCGCUAUAAUCUGAAAACGGUUGGGUUAAGACUUGUAUUUGACAAAUCUUCUUAACCUUUAAAAAAAAACAACAUGUUAUUAAAUUAUAUUUACAGUGUUUUGUGUAAAAUCUCAAUGGUAUGAUGUCUCUAAAUAUCUUCCAAAGCACUUUGUUGUUUGGAAGAAGUUGAAGUUGUUGAAAUUUUAAAGCCACACCUGUACUUUUUUUUUCUGUGAUAAGCCAUACACACAGCAGGGACAUGCUGUAAACUUAUAAAGGUUAUUACAGCUAACAUGUAAACUUAUUUACAUUAGGCAAAAUGUGCCACUUUAGUGAGUUUUAUCAGUUAUUUUUCUGAAGAAAAAAAAAACUGCUAGCCAAAACUGGAAACAAUCUUAUACUUUGAGCCUCUUUUAGCUGAUUGUUUUUGGUUAAGCAUUAAGUACUGCUGCGAUGGCCUCUGGUGGAUUUAUUUGUUAUCCCAAAAAAAUAUUGUGCAGCUUUAAUGGAUCAUUUUGCAAUAACAACUUAAAGUUAAUACUUUAGAUUUUGUAGCUGAUCCCUGCUUUUACCCUGAAACAUUCAGGCAGUACUGUUAGAUACAGAUACUGCCCUUUUAUGUUUUGUAUAUUCAGUCAUCUUACACUUGAUAGUGUGGUGGGACCUUUUUGUCUCAAAUUCAGGACUCUAAAGAAACAUGGGGUUUCAACUAUCUAAAAUAAUGACAUUAAAUGAAAUGAAAUGAAAUGUACUGCAUGCUUUAAGUUAAAGUGCUCUUUUUUUGUGGACUUCUACAAUGGCUGUACACACAUCACUGUAUAAAACCUAAUCCAAUAAGCUAAACACAUGACAGCCAGCUGUAAUGUGGCUUCAUUCAGAUGGUUUAUCGUUUGUCUUCACCAGGUGCUUUACAGGCUAAGCUACUAGUUCAGAGUUUAAACUCAACACAAAUACCUCACUUUACUCCCCCCACCCCCAGACAUAAGCUACAGCCGCAGAGUCCUCCACAGCUGCUUCAAUGUGAAUCAAAAUUCAGAUGUGCUAUAGUAAAAAGAACUGUACAUUCAUUCAGAGGAGACGCAGAGCACACUGUGAUGAGGCUGUAAAGAUGCUUCACUAGCUCAUCUGGCACAAGAGAAACGCCAGUGUUGUUUAUCAAAAGGGAAAUUCCUUCUCAAAGUCGAUAAAAGCCAAUAAAGAUUAAGAUUGAAAGUAAAGGGAAAUUCCACUCCGAAAAAGAGUUUAUAUUCAUCCAUAUGCUCCCGCCUCCACCAGAGUCCGUUAAAGAAUUCACUUGUUUUUGUUCUGCCCAUCCUGCUCAUCUAAAAAACGAACACAACUGCUCAGUGUAGUUUCAGACUGAAUGUGUGAGGUUUGAGGGUUUUUGGUGGAAUGUCUCUUUAAUUGUAUGGCAGCAGAGCUGUCUUAAGUGUCUUUGCUUUAAGCAUUUAUGAAACUCUGAGGUAUUAUUAGUCCAUUAUGUUGCUUUUUGUUAUCAGUGUGAAUUAUUUACACCAAAAUAUCAAAGUAUUCUUUCCCACUGAGGGUUAGAAAAUGCUUUUUAUUAUUUGUAUUUUUGAUGGUUUGAAUCUGCCAAGCAGAAGCCUUUCUGAAGUGAAUCUCUGGAUUCAUUAAAGACGAUGUGCUGUUUUGAGAUUAUUUCAGGGUUUUCAUUCAUUUCAGUCGCUGCCUUCAUAGUUCUCUGAUAAAAUUGUUCUGAAGCAGCAAAUUGAUUUGAGGUGAAAUAAAUUAGCUUACAAGUGUGAUUUAUGUCAUUUUAGAGCCAAAACACCUGAAAGAAAAGGGAUAAAAUGCGUAACCACGAAAGAAUGAAAAUAAACAAACGAAAACAAAAGUGUAUAUGGUAAAAACAAGGUUGCUGUUUCAGUUUAAUGUGUGAAAUGCAAAUUUUUAACUGUGUUUGGCCCUGUUGAAACAUGAAGCUGACUUACUUCACUAAUGAAGGGAUGCUUAUCAUCAAGUCGAGUUGUUAAACUGCAAUAAUAAGCUUCACUUUCGUGAAUUUGUUCAUUAUUAAAGAUUUCUGAAUGACCACAAACACCAGAGUUAAAAAAAGGGCAAAAAUGCUCUGAUGUGAGGGAUUGUCAAUACAAGAAUUAAUUCAAAAUAUUACCAUCACAUAAUGUAACCAGUACAACAGCAAUUUUGUGAUGUUUCAUGUUGUAUUUUAAACCAAAUAUUGUUUUCCAGUUGACUUUGUCUGCCUUUCCUGAUUAUAUUUCAUUUUUCUUUCACUUUUGACCUUAAUUUGACUCGAGUGCCAGAAAGUGAGAGUUUAAUAAUCAACUUGAAAUGCAUAUUCAGACUUUGUUCAAUAAAAUGGCAACAUAUCAAACAAGUUUCUCUCCCCAACAAAACCUUUGCUCUUCCAGUUCUAUUUUGCAGAAGCUCAAAGCAGACAUGCAUUCAUACAUUUUAUUUACUCUAUUUUCCAGUGAUGAUGAGUCAUUUCUGUCGCUGUUCUUCCCAUUAUAACAGAUGGAUUUAUCAAAUAAUCUUGUUAUAAAAAAGCUUGUUCUCUCAUGAUAACAGGAUCAUUUUUAUAUUAAAAACAAGCAUAAGGCUGGUCACUAUGAUAGGCCAGACCACAACAUGCCAGGCUGCCACUGCCGUCAUCAAUAAGUUGAGUGAAGUCUAUUUCUGUUUGUUUUAUGCUUUUGUAACUCUGGGUAUUGAAGUUUUGACUAUCUGAUAACUGAAUUGAACUCGUAAUCACAUAAAAGCAGUAAACACAAUGUAUGGAUACAUGUCUGCUCAGGUCUUGCGUAGUAACAUUCAGACUCCUCAUGUAAACAGUGUUUCGGGCAGCAUGUUAAUGUUUUAUUGUUUAUAAAGCAGUUUUACCAUCUGCCUUCAUUCCUCUGUUGCCUUGUUCUGUUUUAUUUUGAAAGGAUCCUCUGCUGGUCCAUCCCAGGAACAAAGCAGACCAUUUUUCAGAUCAGAUUCAAUUCUACACUCCUGUAGAGCAAGUGCACCUUUAACUAUGACUUAAAUCUUUAUUAUAAUUUAAUCCCCUGCCAUUUCAAACGGACCCUGCGUCUGGUAAACCUCCCAUACCUUGUAUUUGCUGUUAUUAUGACAGCAUCAGGGUGCACGUUGAGGACUAUGUUAACAGGUUUGUAGAGGAUUUGAUCUGAUCUGAGGUCUGCUGUUUGAACAAAGAGAGUACAGGUGAACUGGUGUUAGUGUGGAAAUGAUGCAGUAUGAUAUUUUAGGAGUUUUAUUCCAAAGUUUUGUUUGUAUGUACAUGAAAUUAAUCGCCAUCCAGUAUAAAAUGUAAAUGCCCCAUUCUCCAUAAUCAGACAAUGACUGUAAAUACUUCCUAGUUCCAACAUUAUAUCAGUCAUGUACCAAACAUUUUACUUUUAAAACUUCUAUGUGGUUAACAUUUCUUUUGGCACCAAGCUCUUUGAUAGUUCUUCACAGGACAUUUGUUGUAUCAGUCUGACAUAAUUUCUAUCCCCCUUGGUCUUCUCUAUUUCAAGAUUUAGUGCCUUUUUUGGACGGUAGACUGUUCUGUAAUUGCUGUGUAGAAACUCUACAUAUGCCUUUUGUUACUUUUUCAUCUGUUGGAUAAACCUUAUUUGUUAUUUUUAAGGUGUGUUUUUAUUGAUAUUCUAUUUACAAGGGAAUAAAAACUGAUCCAUGCA